CAGUGUCAGUCAGUCGCGCGUGUGUUGUUAUGAAACCAUCAAAUUCAAGAGCCGAAAAAUAAACUCAAUCCAGCCAGGAAGGAACAAAAAAACAUCCAAACGAAAACCAUCAUGUCCAUCAAGGUGGGAGGAACGUUCAGCCGCUCCGGAGGUAUCGUGUCCGCCAUCGGCAAGCAGCUGAAGCUGAUCAACCUGAAGGCGGUGCAGCGCAUUACGGUCACGUUCGAUCCGUUUCAGGAAAAUGCCGUUCCCACUAGAGAAUUCCUCCAGCACCUGUCCUCGCCACGGACCGUUCAAUCCAAUCCAUCCUGCCUGCUGAAAUCGGAAGUGGUCUGCGAUAGACGGUCGCCUUCCAUCGUGUUCCAACUGACCCCCACGGCGCAAGCCGAAGCCAAACUCAAGAAGAUCGAAUUCAACAGUGCGAAUCUUUCGACGCUGGAACUGCUCCAGCUGUGCAACAAGCACGUUUCCAGCCUAGCCCCCAAAGAGAUCGUCUCCAGUGGCCUCAAGACCAAAUCCGAGAAGAAGGCCGGCGGCACCAAGCGACGAUAGAACGCGGAGUGAUCGUUCCGUUUUACAGCAACCCAGGAGAAAAAAUGACGGACAAAAAGAUAAAGGGUGGCCACAUGGCCAUCAUCGAGAACUGGUACCAUCAGAUUCCUGCCUUUACCGAUGUGUUUACCGAGGAGAGUUUUUACAUGUUUGUGGUGUGCUUCGUGGCGGCCACCAUCUGCGUGGUGUUCAUUCUGUCGCGGUUCAUCACGUUGAAACCGGUGGACUAAUCAAACUAUCGUAAUACCGCCAUAAAUAUGGGUAAAGGGAAGGACUCAAAUUGGUGCAUUGGGAGGAAAAAGUCAGCUUUAGAUAAUAAAAUUUGCUAAAUUUAAUAAUUA